AUGACAGAACCUUCACUGACCAUAACUAGACCAACAUUUGACGAUAUUGGUGAAUAUUUAUGCAAUGCAAAAGACAGUUUAACCACACUAACGGGUCCAGCAAUACAGUUGAAUGUGAUUGGAGGUAUUCCAAAAGUAGAAAUAACAUCUAGGACACAGAUUGUGGAAUACGGUCAACCAUUUACAAUAGACUGCAACAUAACAUCAUUUCCGAAUCACACUUCUGUCUACUGGCAACGAAUGUCUAAUGGUACAACAUCAAACAUCACAUCAGAUUACCCUGGACUGACUGGCAAUACAACAAUGUUUCCUUCAAUGACCAUAAUCAAAGCUGUGUCAUCUGAUUCCGGACUGUAUAUAUGUGUUGCAGUAAAUAUAGUAGGAAUCGGAUACAGUGAUGCUGUUAAUGUGACUGUUAUAGGAGGUAUUCCAAAAGUAGAAAUAACAUCUAGGACACAGAUUGUGGAAUACGGUCAACCAUUUACAUUAGACUGCAACAUAACAUCAUUUCCGAAUCACACUUCUGUCUACUGGCAACGAAUGUCUAAUGGUACAAUAUCAAACAUCACUUCUGAUUACCCUGGACUGACUGGCAAUACAACAAUGUUUCCUUCAAUGACCAUAAUGAAAGCUGUGUCAUCUGAUUCCGGACUGUACACAUGUGUUGCAGUAAAUAUAGUAGGAAUCGGAUACAGUGAUGAUGUUAAUGUGACUGUUAUAGGAGGUAUUCCAAAAGUAGAAAUAACAUCUAGGACACAGAUUGUGGAAUACGGUCAACCAUUUACAUUAGACUGCAACAUAACAUCAUUUCCGAAUCACACUUCUGUCUACUGGCAACGAAUGUCUAAUGGUACAAUAUCAAACAUCACUUCUGAUUACCCUGGACUGACUGGCAAUACAACAAUGUUUCCUUCAAUGACCAUAAUCAAAGCUGUGUCAUCUGAUUCUGGACUGUACAUAUGUGUUGCAGUAAAUAUAGUAGGAAUCGGAAACAGUGAUGCUGUUAAUAUGACUGUUAUAGGAGGUAUUCCAAAAGUAGAAAUAACAUCUAGGACACAGAUUGUGGAAUACGGUCAACCCUUUACAUUAGACUGCAACAUAACAUCAUUUCCGAAUCACACUUCUGUCUACUGGCAACGAAUGUCUAAUGGAACAAUAUCAAACAUCACUUCUGAUUACCCUGGACUGACUGGCAAUACAACAAUGUUUCCUUCAAUGACCAUAAUGAAAGCUGUGUCAUCUGAUUCCGGACUGUACACAUGUGUUGCAGUAAAUAUAGUAGGAAUCGGAUACAGUGAUGAUGUUAAUGUGACUGUUAUAGGAGGUAUUCCAAAAGUAGAAAUAACAUCUAGGACACAGAUUGUGGAAUACGGUCAACCAUUUACAUUAGACUGCAACAUAACAUCAUUUCCGAAUCACACUUCUGUCUACUGGCAACGAAUGUCUAAUGGUACAAUAUCAAACAUCACUUCUGAUUACCCUGGACUGACUGGCAAUACAACAAUGUUUCCUUCAAUGACCAUAAUCAAAGCUGUGUCAUCUGAUUCUGGACUGUACAUAUGUGUUGCAGUAAAUAUAGUAGGAAUCGGAAACAGUGAUGCUGUUAAUAUGACUGUUAUAGGAGGUAUAUAUACUUCUUCAAUUUGA